UAAUCUGGUAUCUCAACACCCUAAUUACCCACUGAAAGGCCAUAAAAUAUCCUGUAGACAUCAAAAGAGCCAUCAGUACUGCCAAAAUGUCUCGCAUUGUGGCAGCUUUCAAUAAAACGGUUGUGGAAUAUUUUCGAAAAACAAGUCUCAACGGCUUUGGCCUGCUCUACUUUAUAAGAAAACGCAGAAUCCAACGAAUAUUUUGGUUUUUGUUUAUUAGUUUUGGCAUAAUUUUCGCUAGUUAUGCCGUGUUCUCAAUGAUUUUGGAAUUUCUCAGCUAUUCAACUAUUACAGAUCUCUCGGAAUUAAAGGUUUUGGAAGAGGAAAUACAUUUUCCUGAGCUAAAAAUAUGUAGUGGUUAUAAAUUUAGUCACAGGAAUAUGUUAGCUUCUGCACAGGAUUUAGUUAAUUCUCAUAACAAAUCGCUGGAUUACUGGCUAAACAAAUUAUCAUUGCUGUCUGGAUACUUUGAUCCUUUGUCUGUAAAAGAAGAAGAUGUUUCUGACAUAAAUUCCGUACUCGAUAUAAGGAAUAUUACGUCACUUUUACUUGGCUUAACACCAGCUUGUGAAUCUUUAAUACUCAAGUGUAAAGUGAAUAAUGUUUCUACGAAUUGCUCGAAACUAUUUACAUUAAAAGCUUAUAAUGAGGGAAAUUGCUGUGCUGUAAGAAAGAGUAAUUUAACUGGAGAGCUCUCCCUUUUUAUGGAUUCCUCGCAAACAGAUGCAUAUCCUUUAAAUGACAAUUUUCCUGGCUUUAGUUUGCAUACUCCAAGUUGGCUGGGUAGAAUUAGUAUCAGCCCUGGCGAAAUAGCAGCUGUGGAAGUAGAAGUUAUGGAACUUCAGGGAAAUUCUCAAUUAAACGAGUAUGCCACAGAAAAGCGAGGUUGUUAUUUUUCUCAAGAGGGUGAAAGUAGGGAAGAGUGCCUCCAUGAGUGCAGAAUAAAAGCCACACUAAUUAAUUGCCAGUGUGUGCCUUAUCCAUUCAAGUUUAGUACGCAAAAGUUGAAGCACUGCACUUUGGAGAAUAUAACUUGCCUGCAAUUGGUAGAAAGAAACUGGUCACCAGCUCAAUGUCCGCAAUGUUUGCCACUCUGCAAUCAACUGUUUUACAGAUUGAGCAAACAAAUCCUCGGGCAUUUGCAUCCUUGGAGAAGUGAGCUGAAUUUUAAAUUUAAAACACCACAUCGCCAGCUGUACAAAACCAAUAUACUCUAUCAUUGGUAUCAAAUGCUAUCAAACGUUGGCGGCGUUCUGGGCAUUUGCAUUGGCUGCUCCUUCAUCAGUGGCUUCGAGCUGAUCUACUUUCUGGUCUUUCGCCUGUGGUUCAACUAUCUUCGACAGCCCGAGAUUUAA